AUGGAGCAUUCUCGGCGAACGCUUGUCAUGGACUCGUGUGUAACAGACAAUGCCAGACGGGUAUUGGAACUGGGACCCGGUUUUGUACCGUCCACGGGCAAGUUAACCAGUCGUGAGAAAUCAGAAGUGGUCACCUCCGUAGAACGGAUGGCUUACACUUUGAGAUGGCAGCAGGCGCGGCCUCAGGGUGUGGACCAGCCAGAGGACGACCACGAUACCGGUACCGAGUGUGAUCGCAGGCUGUGGAAGCUAAAGAAGCAUGGCUUCAAGCAACCGCCCAGAAUGAGCCAGGAUGGGGAAAGAAAGAUGGCCAACUUCAAGGACGAAGUUUUGGCAGCAUAUGGCAAACAAAGACCUCCCAAGCAUAAUAUGACGCAAGAGGAACGCGACGGACUGAGAGAACUUCGUCAUGACCCCAGUGUAGUGAUAAAGCAAUCCGACAAGAGCAAGAAGUUAGUAGCUAUGAAACAGGAACUCUACCUGGAGAAGGCAGAGGCACUUCUGUCUGACAGCACUAUGUACAGAAAAGUGGAUCUAACUAUCACUGCGUAUGAGAAAGAGGUUAAAUCCAUACUGGAAGAGCAAUGCACGAAUAUGGAUCCUGAUCUUCUGACUGCAAUACUCCCUCAUGACACACGAUUCCCGGAACUAUACGGUCUUCCAAAGGACCACAAGCAAAAUUUGCCCCUCCGACCUGUUGUCUCUGCUUGUGACAGUCCAGUCACAGGAAUUUCGGUGGUUCUCGAACGCAUAUUGCAUCAACUGCUUGCAUUUGUCCCAUCGCACCUCAUCAACACCAAAGACGCGCUAGACAAUAUCCGCACCAUAUACCCUGGCCUUAAAGCACCUGCUGGAACGAUUCUGGCUACGAUGGAUGUGGUGGGUUUGUAUCCCAGCAUACCGAUCGAAGAGGGCGUGAAUGCCGUUAGUGACGUGCUAGAGCAACACCAUAACAGAGUUGAUAUGUUCGGGCUGAGCGUGACCCAAGUCAGGACACUACUGAAGUUUGUUCUGAGUCACAACUACUUCAGAUUUGGCAGACAGAUCUACCACCAGCUAGAUGGGGUUGCUAUGGGGAACAACCUGGCACCUCCAUUUGCCAUCCUGUUUAUGCACACCAUUGAGACACGACUUCUUCAGGACUCACCCUUCCAACCUAUUCUGUUCAGACGAUACAUCGACGAUAUCAUCAUCCUAUGGACACAUGGUAGGCAGCGCCUUCUGGAGCUCAUAGAAAGAUUCAACGCCAGCCACGAACGUAUCAAAUUCACGCAUGAAUUAAGUUGUGACAGUGGCUGCAUAGACUACAUGGACGUAACGAUCGCGGUUGGGCAAACCGGAGAGCUGUCAUUCAAAUUGUUCCAGAAGGCAUGCAGUAGUGGCCUACUGGUGGAUUAUUCAUCGGCAGUUCCUCACCACAUCAAGUUAGCCGUCGCUCAAUCUCAAUUCCUAAGGGCACAGCGACUAUCGUCUAACCCCAUGAUGCAAGCCGAGAGCGAACAAAAAAUACACAAACAACUGCGCAUAAAUAACUACCAGACAGUAUCAUAUCGGAAGCAAGGGAAGCUGCCAGGAAACCUCGGCGUAGACGACGCGGUAAUCCCCGCUCUGCCUUCCUUAAACUACCGUUCAAGUCCGAUGAAGUACACCACCAUGUGA